GAGUGGAGUGGGGGCUGAUUUUUCCGGAUGCUAACGGGGAGUACCAGUCGCCUAUUAACCUGAACUCGAGAGAAGCUAAAUACGACCCCUCGCUCCUGGAAGUGCGUUUGUCACCGAACUACGUGGUGUGUCGUGACUGUGAAGUCAUCAACGACGGGCAUUCGAUUCAGAUUGCCCUGAAGUCAAAAUCAGUGUUAACAGGGGGGCCGUUACCUCGAGGACAUGAGUUUGAACUGCACGAUGUUCGAUUUCACUGGGGGAGAGAAAACCAGCGUGGAUCUGAACACACAGUUAAUUUUAAGGCCUUUCCUAUGGAGCUUCAUUUAAUGCACUGGAACUCCACACUGUACAGCAGCAUUGAUGAGGCCGUAGGGAAGAAGCACGGCAUAGCUAUUAUUGCUCUGUUUGUGCAGAUAGGAAAAGAGCACGUAGGACUAAAGGCUGUAACUGAAAUUCUCCAGGACAUCCAGUACAAGGGAAAGUCCAAAACAAUACCCUGUUUUAAUCCCAACUCUUUAUUGCCAGAUCCUCUUCUGCGUGACUACUGGGUGUAUGAGGGCUCGCUCACCGUUCCACCCUGCAGUGAAGGCGUCACCUGGAUAUUAUUUCGCUAUCCUUUGACUGUGUCCCAAGUGCAGAUAGAGGAAUUUCGUAGACUGAGGACACAUGUUAAAGGUGCUGAACUUUUAGAGGGCUGUGAUGGAAUCCUAGGAGAUAACUUCAGACCAACUCAGCCACUUAGCGACAGAGUCAUCAGGGCUGCAUUUCAGUAGCAGAAAAAGAAGAACAAAAAUAAACGUUUGUUCAGAGAGGGGGAAGACAAUGCUCCCACAGUGCCCUCAGAUGAGAAAUGGAAACUUUUGAGGCUGCUGCUCCAGUUGGACCACAAAGCCUGUAUUGUGUGUCUUCAUCUGAUUCAGCCUUGAUAGACAGCUGUGACAGUUGGUCUGUCCACACGGUCCAGUGAAAUUCUGGGAAUGGGGCUGUACAUUAAAAGAAGAAAACACGUUAAAUCUUCCAAUUCACACUGUUCACUAUCUUUAAAUGGUAGUUAUCAUUGCUUAUAUAGUUUCUUUGCCAUAGCAUUCAAUCUGUGAUCCAAAUAGUACUAAUUUUAAGCUUGGUAUGAAUGUUAAUAUGUAGAAAUAUUCAUUUUGAAUGUUAGGUUGAAUUUUAUUCCAUAUCAUGUGUUGUACUGUCAGUAACCAUCUUUUCUGUAGGGGGGAGGUACAUUCUAUAAAGCUAAUUAAAACAUUGUCUGCUCACCAAGA